AUGGAAGCGUCUUCUGCUGGCCGAUCAUCUACGUCGCACACCGUUCGCCACCAUCCCUACUUCACCCCCAAUGAAGUCGAGCGUCUGUCGCAGAAGCAACGUGGCAAGCUCUCGACGACUCAAGAGGAGAAGGCCAGACAGCAAGCAUGCGCGUUCAUAGAGGCCGUCGGGAGCAAGAUCGGCUUCCCUCGUAAGACGAUUGCAACGGCGCAAAGCUUGUACCAUCGCUUCCACUUAUUCUUUCCCCGCAAAGACCAUGGACUGAAUGAAGUGUGUCUCGCAUCGCUCUACGUUUCUUCUAAGAUGCACGAUACAUUGAAGAAGCCGCGUGAGAUUCUCAUGGCGUCGUAUGCCGUGCGUUUUCCUGAGCUUGCCGCCAAAUCUAAAUUGGGUGGGGAGAUCGACAUGGACCCAGGCGUCGUACUACAAGACCUUCAGCGUCUUCUCGGCGUAGAGCGGCUGCUACUGGAAACAAUCUGCUUCAACUUCACUUCCAGAAUGUCAUUUCCUUAUGUGAUCAAAGUCGGGCGAGAGUUCAAGGCUUCAAAGAACCUCACACGACUCGCCUGGCGUUUGGCUGUCGACUGUCAUCGGACGCUCAUCCCGUUGGAGUACCCUCCCAUCGCCAUCGCCGUGUCUGGGUUAUAUCUUGCUUCUCUACUGUCGACAUUCGAACAAAUACCCGACCCUCCAGACAAUGACUGCAGGAGUGACUCCGAGGUCAUGGCUAUCUUGAGUGAACGAGGACCCUGGGAGCGUAAAUUUCAAGUACAGGUUGAGGAUCUUGAAGUUAUCGCACACGCAAUUCUCGACGUUCUCAUUACAGGUGCUCAGAAUCCUGCGGCACAAACAUCACCCCGCACACCGUCCUCUCCAAGUACGCAUUCUGCGCGCACCCAGGCGAUGCAGCAGAUAGGCUCGCCCUGGAAGUCAGAUUACCUGAUACGCCUGAAGAUAGCUAUGCGCGAACGCGAACACGCGUCUCGUGAACGCGCCCCACUACUUGGGCAAGGGAGCGAGGCAGAGCGGCAGUAUGAGAUCCUGGGUCGCAACGAGGGGACGAUUCGCUAUCUGUUUGGACCGGGAGGCACGGCAUGA